GGCUGAGAAACACAGUAGCGAUACAUUUGAAAAGAAGCUUCAACAACUGUUGCGACCGCUUUGGUGGGAUAUAGUUCGGCUGAGACGAGGAAUUAUUAAGAUUCAACAUGGCACCGAGAAAACGGACACAGACUUCAAAAAACAAGAAAAAUCCGAAGACGCGCAAACUGGAAGCUUUUCUGCUAGAUUUUGACGACGAAGUUCACACCAUUGUUGAGAGAUUAAAGGAAAAGACCAACAACCUUCUGAAAGAUGCAGACAACCUGUAUAAAACAGCACUGAUAAAGCUGCCAAUGGCAGUGAGGAAGAUGAACUGGAUUGAAUACUGCAAUUUGGACAAGCCAAAGUCACAAGUCGAUGAUUCAAAGGUGCAAGAGGAAGCUGCACAGGUUGAACUUGCUAUUUCCGAGAAUCAUACAAUUUCUUCCAAAGUUGUUUCAAAAGCCAAAAACAGUGCACAUUCUGAUGAUGAAAACACGGCACCCCUGAAAUCUACAGUGAAGAAGAAGAAAGCUCCAAAGAAGGCACCUUCGACCUCCAGGAAGGCUAAAGCUCUCUCUGUCAGCGUGCAGGGAAGCACCAUUCGAAAGUCUACAAGAAAGCCUCUGGUCACCCCUGCUAGAACUUUUCUAGAGUCUUCAGUCAUUGGCCCAACGCCACUCAUUACACCACGAUUUGACUCCAGAUUGCCAAAGACUCCAGCAAUCAGACUUCCACGGCAUCAGGAGAAGGUGUAUAGCAUGUCUGUCAAUGGCUCACCCAUUGCAGGGAGUGCUGAAGACAUUGUCAUUAGCGUCCCACUCGGAAAUGGAGAGUGCAUUCAGCUGCUGGCCAGUGAGAUGGACUCUGUGGAUCUGAGUCAGCUAGAUGAGAAAGCACUACGCAGGAUAAGAAACCUGCAGAAUCGUCUUACAGCUCUUUGUGGAACGUCAAAGUGAAACAAAUCUGCCAGCUUUGUACAGCACGCUUUUCUUUAAUAUUUCUUUAUACACAUUAUAGUCUUUUAUUAAGACCGAUUUUAUACGUUUUAUAAAAUUGUGGGGGUUUUCUGUUUUUCUUUAUAUUCAGUGACUGCUGAAAGCUUUUAAAGGAUGCAUGUAAAUACUAUUAGUAGCAGUUUUGUACUGCACAUGAUCUGUGUAGUGUGUUCCAACUUCUGUAAAUAUGAUUUUUUAAAAAGACGAGCUUACACAACCCUAAAUGUUCUUUCCUGCCUGUUGCUGUGAUUUGCAUAUGACUUUGAAAAUGAUCAUUUCAAAAAUGAAAAUUGCCUUUUACUCAC